AUGGAAAUCACAAUUCCUAGAGCAACCAUGAUUCGAUAUCAGCACGAUAUCGAGGAUAUUAACAGUAACAGUAUGUAUGGUACUGGGCUUGAUAACAAUGAUCUGUUCGGGAUGUCAUUUUCCUCCCUGGACAGAGACCUCGACGGAUCUUUUGUUAACUGUGCUGUUGAUUUCGGAGGGGGAGGAGGCUGGUGGUACCACUCCUGUCACCAAGCCAAUCUCAACGGUCCCUGGUACCCGGAAUACUGGUGGAAUCCAUGGUUUCCUACAGUUUUGGCUGGUGAUGAGAUAAAGGAGACAUCCAUGAUGAUAAAACCUCACUGA